UAUAAUAGCUAGGGUAACUAUAAAAUGAUCAUGAAAAGUAAAUUUUCAUUAGUUAUCGUGGUUGUUUUGGUAGUGGUGAUGCCGCCACCAAUGGCUAAAGCAGUGACUCCAAGCGAGUGCAAGGAGGAGCGGAGACAACUGGUGAACGAGUGCAGGCCGAUGAUAUUCGGGGAGAACCCGUCGAGCGACUGCUGCGAAUGCUUGAGGGUGGUCCAUGUGGAGUGCGUCUGCCCCAAUCUCACCCCAAAGAUUGCUAUUCUCAUCAACGUUCAACGAACUGCCAAACAAAUCAGAAGUUGUGGAAGGAACUAUCCCCACAACCUCAAGUGCGGCACUGGAAAAAAGUAAAGAAAAGAAGAAAGGUAUCUUCUUUUUAUCUUCCUUAAGAUCAUCACGAUCGAACUAAAUAUUAUUGUAGCUGGUAUGUGAGCAUGUUUCGUCAGAGACAUAUCUAAUCUUUCUCCACACUCUCUUGCGAGCUUGUGUAAUUAAAUAAUAUUUUUGUCAAAUCAUGUAUAUAUUUUAUUGUGUCCU